UGGAAAAAGAUGAGGGAGAGAGAGAGAGAGAGAGAGAGAGAGAGAGAAUACGGAGAGUCCAUGACAGCCUGCAACAUGAUUUUGUGGGGAGAGGAAAAGGAUAUAAUGAAGCAAUUGAUAGAUGAUGAAGAAAGCAAAGAGCACAACGAGAAAUGCAUCGCUGCAUUACGAGAACAAGGCCAAAACCAUUUGAUAGUUUCUGCGCUUAUAACAACAGUAACUUUUGCUGCGGGUUUCACCUUGCCCGGUGGUUACAAAGAUGAUAAUGGCAAGGCAAUUUUAUCAAAGAAAGCAGCUUUCAGAGCAUUUGUUGUGGCGGAUACCAUAGCUAUGCUCUCCUCACUGAGCGCUGUAUUUCUUCACUUUUUUAUGACCAUGCGUAAACAGGAGGAUUACCUUGCAAAGCACUUGGUUUGGGCCUUUAUUUUGACCAUGAUUGGCAUGGGAGCAAUGGCCAUCACUUUCGCAUCCGGCUUGUACGUCAUUUUACCCCAUUUCUCUGCCCUUUCAUUUAUCACUUGCAUCCUCUGCUCUUGCUUUUUCCUCUCCUUUAUAUUGGAAUAUUCUCAAAAUUGGAGAGGUAUGAUUUCGGGCAUGCUUGGACUUAGAAGAAUAACCUAUCGGCUCAGAAAAAAAAUAUCCUCUUUAUUUGAUGCGUGUUCAUUUUAAGGUCUGUUUGACUUUGACAAGAAAAUGUGUAGAUGAGGGCUCCCGAAUCUUUGGAUGAGCUCUUUUUUGAGAGGGAAGAGAACCCACUCAUAUUGAAAAAGAAGGGUCCUUAGCAAGGGAAGUUAAAACUAUGCUCUACUGUCUUUUAUUUUCACAUCGAAUUUGUAUUGGAAUUGGAACUAUAGUUUAGAUGUAAGUAGAGUAUUGAAGUACUCACUUGUCUGAGCUGUGAUUAUAUAUGAAUAAGAUUAGUGAUUAUUGUAAA